AUACGCAUUUAAAGUGAUGUUGCUGCAAUGGAUUAUGCGCCAAUGCAAGUAAUCAAUCCACCAAAACCACAACUCCAGGACACAACCGCACGAAAGCUAAGAGCUUCAGACGAGAUUCACUAUUCAUCACAUGAUCAGCAUUUAGAUGACGAGAUAAUGGUGACUAAAGAGAGUGGUCAGACUUUGUUCAUAGGUGUCCUGUCACAUCAGGAAGACAUUGAGGAUUCUGACAUGCAUCCGAAUCCCAAGAGUGAUCAUGUGACGAAUAUGAGCAUGAGGGAAUGUGUAAAGCUGAAGACUGAAGCUGGAGUCGAAACGAAAAUCAAAUUGAAUUUUAGUGUAGAUAGACUUUUGAGUGCAGAUUGUGGAGAUAGUACAAUUGACCAUAGUCAACGGAUUGUGAUAACUUCAAAUAAUAAUAAUAGUUAUACCGUCGCCCCAGCAUCCACCGCCGCCGGGAGUACUGGACAGUAUGAUUGUUGUAAAUAUUAUGUUAAUGGUCAUAAUAUAUUAAUGGGCAACUAUCAUCUGCAGAAACAUCUGCAACAAGCGAGUCGAAGUCACCACGAGAGAGGAGUCAAUUUGCCAUCUAGUAUGGAUAUAAGAUCAGUUGUUAGGCCCACUCCAAUUAGAGCAUUAAACAAUGGAACAGAUGAAGUUCCAUCGUACUCAUCAAUGGCCUCUGCGAUACUAAAAUUCCAACAACACCCUCCACCACCACCCCCGCCAACAGCAACAUCAAUAGCAGCUCUGUCUUCAUUAAUGGCGCCAUUUAGCGGGUUGAAAUCAUUGCAGAUCAAUCAGCAACAUUUCCGUCAGCAGGCUAAUAUUCAGACGGCCGCGGCCGCGGCAUCCAAAUCCUUAGACAUUCCACCUACAACACAACAAACUCAAAUACCAAAUGCCGGCUGCGGCGGCGGCGGCAUCGUAUCCGGCUCAACUGGGUCAACGGUUUCUUCAGGUAUAAUAGCGAAUAAUGGAAAACGAAAGCGAUCAUGGUCGAGGGCAGUCUUCAGCAACCUGCAACGUAAAGGCUUGGAGAUUCAGUUUCAACAGCAAAAAUACAUAACGAAGCCCGAUCGAAGAAAACUCGCAGCUAGGCUUAAUUUGACUGAUGCGCAGGUUAAAGUUUGGUUCCAAAAUAGGAGGAUGAAAUGGCGACAUACCAGAGAGAAUCUGAAAAGUGGACAAGAGAAACCCGUGUCUUCCCAAAAUGCACCAUCAGCAAAAUCGAAUACUACCGGUGGCAGCGGCGAGGUGGACAAAAAGUGUUACACUUCAUCCAGCGAUAGUGAUGAAGACGAAAUAGAUGUCGUGGAAUGACAAUGACAACUAUUAUAACUUUAUUCAGUGUACCAUAUUAGUUAGUUAAUUUGUUUUAUUUAUUUUUCGUAUGCAAUAUUUAAUAUUUUUCCAAUAAAACAAACAAUGAUAAACUAUUGUACAAA